CCUGUUUGCAGGACGCUCAAACAUAACAGGAACACUGGAGACCACAUCGCUGUACAUGAACCAUACCUGGAAGAGAACUCUGGCUAUAAAGACUUUACGGAUUACGCUGUCUGUUUCGCCUUUUUACGGCAAGCGAAGGAGCAGAAGUGGCCAUGGAUUUUCUCAAUCAGAACUAUCUGAAUGCGCGCAGCCCAUAUGACUAUACUUUUAAUUUCUGGAACGACUAUCUUGGGCUGACGACUUUGGUUACGAAGAAUAACAAGCUCAGCAUGCCCCAAAAUCCCAACUCCAUCACCGAGUCCCUGAAAGCGACUCUGGGCUUGGACGAUUCCCCGGCGUGUCCGUGCAUACUCGCGGGUGCCGUUGGAGAAAGCGGGCACCUGGAUUGUUGCUGCCCGUCCGGGAGCCCCCCACCAGCUUCCAUCCUGGACUUGAAAGAGCGUUUCUCGAUACUGAGCCCCUUCCAAAAUCAGCUCGGCGUCCAGCUGCCGGAGCGGGAGGUGGGUUUUGGUGGGAACUUCACUGGGUUCGAUAUGUUCGGCAUGGAGAAGAAGAUGCGCAAACCCGCUUCCAGAACCAAACAGGAGCCGAAAAUCUGCGUCUUCUGCCGAAAUAACGGAGCGCCCGAGGAGGUGUACGGCUCCCACGUCCUGAAGACUCCGGACGGCAGGGUUGUGUGCCCGAUUCUGAGGGCUUAUACCUGCCCCCUUUGCAGUGCCAACGGGGACAAUGCUCAUACGAUAAAAUAUUGUCCACUGUCAAAAGACCAGCCAUCCCAGCGACCAUUAAAGGGUGGGAGGGCUGUGGGUGGUAAGAGGAUGAAAAUAUUUUAAACAAACAAGACUAUAAAGUAAAAUAAAUUGCACUGAACAAUUUCCAGAUGACUGUUUUGAUUUCGGCUCUAGCCUUUAUCCCAGUUUCAUAAACAUAUUGAUUUUAUCUUUUUUGUUUCUCUUAAGAUCUCUUAUAUUUUUAUAGUUCCUUUAUCCACAUAGAAUAAUUUUAUGCUUUAUACAUCGGAUUUAUUUUUCUUUAUAGUCUGUAGUUAUUUUGAGUGUGGGUAUACAUACACAUAUGUAUCAAUAAUCACAAAGUGUGAAUAAAUACAAAAAAAUAAAUAAAAAGUAUUUUGGUCAUGUAGGGAACACACUGACAUUGGCAAAGGGGAUGAAUGUCAUAGCCUUUUUCUACCAAGUAUUUUUGUAUGGUGAGCUAAGCUUGCCUCGAUUUUCUUUCACGUCUUAGAAACCAAAGUUAUGUUUGCCAUUAAAGAAGCUCAAGAAUGUGUCAUUAGUGAAUACUUGUGUGAGUCUGACUGGAGGAGGAACUCUUUGAUCCCAUCUGCCUGCCUAAAAACUCCACAACAUAUUUUCCAACUUGCUGUAAAAGUUGACAUUCAAUCUGCAAGGCAGGAAGAAAAAGAAAAAAAAAAAAAGACAAUGUGGCCUCUGUUUAGGGCUCAUAUUCUCUGGGGAACGUUCUAAUCAGUUGUUGUAAAGCCAAACCUCUGUUCUAAUCAUGUGUGAUGAGACAGUUACCCGAUUUUACAUUUAAUGAGAAAUAUUAUUCAAUAUGUUUUAUGUUUACAUUCCCAAAUAAGGGUAACACACUGGAUUUCUUUUCUCUGUCAGUUCUCUCGUUCUUUAUGGUGUUUUUGGUUUGGUUUGCCCUCACAAUGUAUUCACCACAGAGUCUCAUAAGCAUGUCUGCUUUGCAUUAUGAAACCGAGUAAGUCCCAUUUACCUUUCAUUCUGUGUCGGGGUGAAGAAAAUGGCAAAUGAAUGUUCGCAAACAACAUGUUAUCCCAUUAUUACAUUUCUGAAGAAUCCCAAAAAAGAUGCAAAAAUGUUGUGAAUGUACGAUUGAAAGUGUCACUUGCAGGACUGCACAUUUCUGACAGUUUUGUUUACCAAAGGAAUACAAUUGAAUUGAAGAAAAAAAAAAGAGAAAGAUUUGCUGUAUUGUCUAUAAAGUGAUGUUUAUUCAGUAUUUUAACAUUACAAGUGACUUCAGAGGGCGCUACCUCAACAGGAUUUUGUACUUACACGUAAAAAUGUCAACAGCAGUUUAUUGAUAUAGUGCUGCCAUUUAUAAUAAGGGUUUUGAUAGGUAUUUUUGAUCUUUGUAUAACAUAAUUGUAUUUUCAUUUUGUUGCAUUUAACAUAAUGGAAGUAAGUUUCCAAGAAGCUAUAGCAUUGCUCACCAAAAGGUGAGACUGUCUGUAAAUAGUGAUAUACCCAUACUUUUUAAAGUUUAGUUGUUCAAUGUUGCAUUCUUGAGAGUGUGCAAGAGAGCGGAUAUUGAAAAAAAGCUGACAAAAUUUGCCACUUUUAACAGAGGUUUUUUGGAUUAAAUGAAUAAGAGAAAAAGAAACACUGUUGAACUUUGUUAUUUAUAUUUUACCACAAUUUCCUGUAUGCUGCUGUGCAGAAUAACAACAUAUAAAUACACUAGAGAAAUAAAAACGUAUGAAAUAUUUGGA